GUCCUGUGCAAAGUCUUCCGGCCGGGUAGCGGCGCCGCAACUGUUUCUAUCCGCCCUAGAACGGUGGAGAUGGAAAAACUUUAACAGUAUGCGUGGGAAUAAAGAAAAGUCCUUUACGUGGUUUUUUUCCCCUCUUUAGCUACUGGGCUACUUUCAUUCCGAGUGACAAGGGCCAGAAGCGCUGCCAAUCAACUAGGCAGCCCGCCUCCUUUGGCUAGGAGUGGCUCAUAGGAAGGGGACUAUCGCACUACUGCAGGGUUUCUGUUCUGGUUGCGUGGCCUGAGAAACCUUCGUCCAAGGAUGAGCGAAGGGCCUCUCCUGUCAACCUUCAAGCUUUUCCUCAGGGAAUCAGAAAUGGAUUCCCUAUCUGCAGUUCCUUCACUUGUCUCCCUGGCAAUACCGCCCCUCUUUCUCCUUCCUCCCCCCUCCUUCUCUGCCUGAUGGUACGCGCCGCUCGUGCUCGGGUCAAAGUUUUCCGGCGGGGAAACGCUGCCAUUGCUACCUCGUCCGGCCAAGAGCGGGGCAUCGUGGCGUCUCGGUUGGGGGCUGCAUGGCGUUGCCAGGUGAGCGGUCCAAACGGGGUGGGGCGCGGAAGGGCCACGCGCGAGAUCGUGGCCGUGUGGAAAGUCACCGCUGCUGCAUCUGAAGUCGCUCAAACCGAGGACGAGGGGAAGAGCCCAACGUGCUCUCGAGUGGGAGGGAGUCCCGAAGAGCAGCUGCAGUCCUGUGUAUGCCCACUCAGAAGUAGACCCUACUGAAUUCAGUGGGAUUUGCUCUGAAGUAAGUGGUCGGGAUUGCAGUUUGGGGAUUAAAUCCUGCCGAACUCAGUGGAGCUUGUGGGAGUUGUGCUGUCGGGGAGGGAAUGUGUGCUAAAAUGCGGAACUUCUCAAACUUCAAACUGAACAGUCUUGUUUUGCUUUGCAUUCUUUACACACGCAAGAACUUCAGAUGGAAGGUUUCAGUUGUGUAAAUUUACCGGGUUUAGCUAAAAGAAAUUAAUAAUAGGAAUUGGAUUACGGUAUCUGUAUAGUUUUUUAAUGUGUAGUUUCACAGUGCCCGUUGUUCACCAAAAAGUCUAAUCUGAUCUCCAAGUGUUAAAAGAGGUACGAGCAGUGUUCUGCUGCUGUUAUUGUAAAAAAACCCCUAGGUGACAGUGUUCAUAUCAUGAUAAACUGUAAAAUGUCUCUCCCACUACUUCCCUGUUCCUGCAUGCCUCCCCUUUUCUACUGAAUUUGUGAUUCGUUUUUAAUAAAGGGGAGAGAAAAUAUGACUUAAAAGAUAAUAAUUUCAUUAGAGUUGGGAGGGGUGGAUUCCUACAAUUGUAAGAUGGAGACUCAGGAGAGCCUUUGCCAGUCAGAGUACACAAUACCAGGCAAGAUGGAGAAAUAAACUGACUUGGGAUAAGGCAACUUCCUAUUGCUGUAUACAGCAGGCCCCUCCUGCUGGAUCACUCUGGCCAUGUAAAGUUGUGCCCUAUGAGAGGAAAGAGGCAAAUGCCUGCUCCUAGACUAGCUGAACUUCUCUGAUGCUACUGUGUCCAGGAAACAUCAAGUGUCCUGUGUCCUGCUGGAUCAAGCUAGUGGCCAGCAUCCUGUUCUCACAGUGGCCUGCCAGGUGCCUAUGGAAAAGCCACAAGCAGGACCUGAGCUCAAGAGCACUUAGCCCUGCUGCGGUUUCCAGCACCUGGUCGACAGGAGAGGGGACAGGUGACACCUUGGAUUAGUUGAGAGUUGAUUUUAAGAACACACAUGCAGAAGAAACUGCCUUCAAAUGAUUUUUGAGCUGUCAGCAAAUACAUUCAGUCCUAGUAACUUUCUAGGAAUUGAUAUGAGGAAAAAGCAAAAGUUUUUACUGAAGCCCUUUGAGGGAAACUUCUGCAAAUAUUUUUUUUCCUUUAUUUGACCCACACAUAACUGAGAAAUCACUCUUUGGCACUCCCCUGACUUAGACAAGGAAGAAUAAAUAUUACUACCACCUGCACUUAUUUACUUUGAGCAUUCAGGUGCAUGUAGAUAAGAAAGUUAGCAAGAGGGGUCAUGCUUGGGUUAAUGGUUGUUGGAAUAUGUCUGCUAUUAUUGACCCAUUGGUUCUUGUCUCUGCCCCCCUCCCCCUGGCUUUUCUCCAAGCUGGGCUUGCUUUUGGUGUUAGGGUCCAAUCAGGAGGGGUUGGGGAGUGACAUCAAGGAAGAAGCAGAUGGGAAGGCACCUGUGGACAGAGAAGUCUUUAGAACUACUCACAUGCCUUUUUGCUUUAAACAUUGGGCUUCAUAUUUAUAUGUGAUGGGGGCAGACCCAGUUUUAAAUAAGCAGGUCUGCAGCUGCUGCAUCAAAUUUGUACCACAAUUGUCCGGAACCCAAGUGCGGACAGCAUGUCAAUCCACUUCUGGUCGGAAGUGCUAAUGGGUUGCAUGUUUCUCCCUGUGGUGGCACUGUUUACCAAAAAGGCCCCAUAACAAUAUAAUGAUGAUUUUGAUAAUAGCAUAUUAUCAAAGCAUAAUAUAAUUAGUUUCUUCUUAUUAAGUGGGUGGAGUACUUGAAUAAACAGUGACAUAAUGGAUUUUAGAACUGUGCAAGGUUUUAAAAAGGGGGCUGCAGAAAUCCUUGCUUCUUAUAAACUUGUGCAGAUUCUGAAAUCAGUAAUGCUUUCCAAAGGCUAUGUGAAAAAUAGAUUUAAAAAAACAUAUUUGAUUAUAGAACUUCCUUUAGGAAAGGAUGAAAAUUUAUUCCCCUUUCCUUGAAUUUAUAGUUGAGAUGGAAAAUCUCUUUUUUUUUUUAACCAGAAGUAAGAACUAGUGCCUUCAGGGAUGAUGGGAGUUGUAGUCAAACAACAACUGGAGGUCCACAGGUUCCUCACACUUGGUUUAGACUAUUUAUUGAUAUCUCCCCACUAAAAAUAUAAACAGCAAAACAGAGAAGAAGAAAAACCAAGUUUACAAGCCCAAAAUACAGUUCAUGUUACAAUGCUGUGUAAAAAUACAACACAAAUAAUUGUUAUGUCAAAACUUUGUGGGAUAUAGCAAGUAAAGCUGAAUGGUCCCUAAGCCAGAAUUACAUACCAAGUUUGAAAAGUUCUGUUUAUCUUAUUCCUUAGAAAUUAUUAUGGGCAUGACAAUUGUGAAUGAUGAGAAAGUCCCAUAUUUAUGCCAGGAUUUGAUAGUACAUUUGUUUUGACAUUUCCACUGUUUUAGUUUCUUUCCUUCAGAAAUGUUGCACAUCCUAAACUAAGCAAAAGUGUAUAAUAUAACAACAAAGCAAUCUUCUUUGAGCGUGGAGUAUGAUGUAACAAACUGUUGUCCCAAGUUAGAAGUUCAUAUUAAUAUCCUACAGUUUGGCUUAAGUUGAUAUAAACAAGUUCAACAACCACUAUAAAUAUUAUCUCACAAGGGACCAACAUGGAGCCUCUAGAUGUUGUUGAACUCCAACUCUGAUCAGCAUAGCCAGUGACCAGAGAUGAUGCAAGCUAGAGUUCAGUAACACCUGGAGGUUGCUAUAGGCUACCCCUGUAUUUUCUGUAUUUAUUUAGUUAUUUGCGGGAUUCAUAGCCUGCUUUGGAGGAAAUCCUCCACGAAGCAGCUUACAGUACAAAUCCUAUGCAAUGCCUUCUCCUUCCAAGAGAAUAAGAUCUUCUGUUUUUUCUUAUAAGUGAUAUAAUAGGAUAAUUAGAGAUAAUGGACAUUUGAUCCAUUUUUAUCCCAGGUAGAAAUCCAUUUACUGUAUAAAGAUUAUUAAUCAUAUUUCCAAGGUGAAAUCUACCUUUUCUGUUGCAUGCAGUAAUAAUUGAAUAGUAUGGAUAAGCUGAGUGGAGUUGCUAAACCUCAGAAUCUAGUUUGUACAGUAAUUAGAUUUUUAAAAAUAAAAUAAAUAAAUAUCCCAGUAGAUGUUUUGUUUUGCUAUUGCAAUGGUUAUUCAAAAUGAUCUGCAAAACCUUAAUCAGCUCAUUAGAUAUAAACAUGGGGAGAGUUUUGAAUUGAAUUAUCUUUUAAGUAAUGGGCUAUUUAUGUACCUACCACCAUCAGUACAAUUCUGUUAAUUUUAUUUUGGCCCCUGCAGUUUCUAUGGAAAUGAAUUCAUUCAGCGGAGCUUUUUCAUGCAAACUAGAGUGUUGCUUAGUUUGUAUGUUAAUUAGCUUAUGUUCACCAUUAUAUUCUUUUGAGCUGCUGCCCUCUGGUUAACCUCCACAAUAUUACUAAUCUUUAAAAGUGAAAACAAAAAGGAAUAUGAAAUCCUGAUAUAUUCCAAGCAAUCCCCCCCCCCAUUAGAAUAAUCUUAAUCUACAUGCAUAAAAAAGCUUGUUGAAUGUGUGCUAAUAUAGCAUUUGCAACCUAAGGAACAGCAAUUUCAGGCUGGGGUAGACAGAGGCUUAGCUGUUAACUUUAACUCAGGUUUCCUUGAAUCUUAUGGCAGUUCAUGGUCAAGCAGGUUCACCAGCCUCAUAUAUGGCUGCCAUUAGUCCAUCUAUGCCGGGAAAUGAUGUAUGUAAACAUCAUAUUUGGCCCACUGAAGGUAGCACUGAUAGCUUGUAAGAGAGUCACUGUGGUGUAGUGGUUAAGAGCAGUAGACUCAUAAUUUGGUGAACUGGGUUCGCUUCCCCGCUCCUCCACAUGCAGCUGCUGGGUGACCUUGGGCUAGUCACACUUCUCUGAAGUCUCUCAGCCCCACUCACCUCACAGAGUGUUUGUUGUGGGGAGGAAGGGAAAGGAGAUUGUUAGCCGCUUUGAGACUCCUUGGGGUAGUGAUAAAGCGGGACAUCAAAUCCAAACUCUUCUUCAUAAGGGGGAAAUGGCAUCUUAAUUUGGCCAAGCAUCCAGCCUUGCAAAACUGGAAUGGCAGGGAUUGAUGCAAAAGGCAUGUCAGCUAUCAUAAUGCCUUUAUCACACUUUGGGAACUUCUCUGGCUGUAGGGGUAAGUUAUGCAGCGUAACAUAUAUUUUGGUAAUAGUAUGUGGCUGGCGUGCUCUGGUCCAUGGGGUCACAAAGAGUCGGACACGACUAAACAACAAAUGUGGCUGAUACAAUUAUUGAUAUUCUGCACUGUAUUUUUCGCCCUAUAGGACGCACUUUUUCCCAUCCAAAAAUGAAGGGGAAAUGUGUGUGCGUCCUAUGGGGCGAAUGCAGGCUUUCGCUGAAGCCUGGAGAGCAAGAGGGGUCGGUGCGCACCGACCCCUCUCGAUCUCCAGGCUUCAGGAAGCUAUCCGCAAGGCUUGCGGGCAGCAGCCUGCAGCCCGAAGCAUGGGGCGCGCUGCACAGCGCGCCCCGGGCUUCGGUUCCCCGACCUGGUUUGGAGGGUUUGGACUUGGUUUGGAACCCCACAAGCUCGGGGGACAGCGGGGAGGCGGAAUGCCGCCAUCCUGCUGUCCCCCGACCUGGUUUGGAGGCUGGCGGCUGGCGGUUUGGAGCCCCACAACCUCCGGGGACAGCGGGGAGGCACAGCGCGCCUUCCCGCUGUUCCCCGACCUGGUCUGAAGGCUGGCGGCGGGGAGAAGCGCGUUUCUCCCCGCCGCCAGCUCCACAAGCUCGGGGAACAGUGGGGAGGCGGAGCGCCGCCAUCCCGCUGUUCCCCGACCUGGUUUGGGCUUCAAGCAGAUAUCCGCAAGUGUGGGAGCCCGGUGGGAAGUCGCGCCGGUCUUCCAAGGCUUGCGGAGAGCUGCCUGUUCUGGGGGCUGGGGUUGGGGGAAGCUCGGGCGUCCCCCGCCCCAGCCCUGCGCCGGGGGGGGGGAAUAAUUUUUUUUCUUUAUUCCCCCCCCCAAAAAAAACUAGGUGCGUCCUAUAGGCCGGUGUGUCCUAUGGGGCGAAAAAUACGGUAUAUGAGAACAUUGUCAAUACUGAUGUGUAUGGCAGAUCAACUAUUACCCUUUAUAUUCCACAUUUAUCUAUCUCAAACUAAUAUGAAAUAUAUUUUGCCUUUCCAGGUGGAAAUAAAGAUAACAUCAGAGCAGGGUGCAAGAAAUGUGGCUAUCGUAAGUAUCUACAAAAAUGAAGAUAUAAUUAUUUCCUAAUAUUUACCACAAACAUCACUAGUUUGUUGUACUCAGGCAAUGCCAUUAUCAGUGUAUAGUAACUGAGUAGACACUGAUUCGGACCCUGAGAACUGUGAACAGAAGGAAGGCGUGCGUGCGUGCGUGCGUGCGAGAGCACGCACACACACACACACACACACACACACACAGUGAAUUGUUACACUAAUUGCUGAAAGUAAUAUUGAAAUAGCAGAGGGCAGAGGCUGUUAAAAUGUCUCAGAUUCAUAUUAGGGUGAUAUUUUUUCCACGGUUUGUGUGCUUAAAGCUGUACUUGUGUAUCUUUUUGUUAAACAACUCUUCUUCAACCAGUGUUACCCAUCAUCAGCCUGCCUGCCAGAAAAACGGUCUUAUGAAAAGAUCCAUUUCAUGAAAGAAACCCAUUUUCCCUCAGAAAUGGGAUCUCUUACCAAGCAUUGCAAGUAUUUGUCAGUAAUAGUGAGAUCCUGCCUGGAACUACAACUGCCCUAUGCUCUUAAAUGAUUUGUUACUGCUGGAUGUAUUAUGGGUUUGGUUUUUGGUUUUGUUUUACAUUGUAAGUUCACCUGAGGGGGCUAUGCCCAAAAAGAUGAAUUCAUGCACAUACAUAACACACAAAGAUGACUAUGCCCAGAGGCUUUCCUCAUGAAAUUUUUAGAACCGAGUGGUGGAAUGCUAUCUUUAUGUGCACAUUAUAACAUGCAUUGCAUGCAUACACACUUCACUGCUUAGAGUCACAUUUCGUGACUGUUGAAAGCCCACACAGGGUGGGAGAAAAUCCAUAGACUGGGGGAUUUGAUAGUGCUAAUGCAAGAGAGGGGGAAAUAUUUUAAGCAUGCAAAGCAUUUUGUUCACUGCUGAUCAGACUUCUACUGUAGCAUUUUAAAACAGAGUUAUUGUUAAUAAUUUUAACUCUCAUACUACAAAGUUGUUUUAGGUUUGUUUGUGGAAAUGCGGCCCAGAGCUGCAUAGUUUUGCAGAAGUAGCACUAAGGAAGGAGGAGUGAUUAGCCCUUUCCUUUUGGGAGUUUUUGCAAUUAAAAUCCACCCACCCACAAAAGCCCCCAUUUCUCUUCUCCUGACCCCAUUAAGGCAUUAAUCAUUCCUCCCCCAGGCACAGCUGCAACAGUCAACUCCACACACAUCCCAGAUAUAUUUUCCAAACCCCUGCGCAAACACCCCCCCCCCCCAAAAUCCAACAUGCCAGUAGGUUGGAUAAUAACAGCGGGCUACCACUACACAAUUCUUAGCCCCUCUCAGCAAUAUGGGUAUAACAGCAUUGGGCUACGAUGCAGGAUUUAUACAACCCAUGCACUUUCAGCCACAGAACCACCCUUCAUCCCACCAGUAUUGGUAUAAUAGCAUUUACAUUUGUAUUGGAAAAAUUGGGUGCUGCCAGCAAGUGCGGGGAGAGUUCCAUUAAGCCUGCAGAGGUCAUUCUGUUGGAUACAACCCUUGCUUUUCCUUUUAAAUGAAAGCUGAGAAACUGGAUCAGUAAAUGGUGCAAACAGACAUUGCAUAGCGCGGCAAGAAUCCUAGUAAAAUAUGGCUGACCAAGCAAUAUGUCCCCCCAGCCUAGAAUGUUGAUGGGUUGGGACCUUAGCCAGGCUAUGUUUCUGACAAAAGUCACUGGAACAACAUUAUCAUUCGCAUUGCUUUUUAAGAAUAAAAUGUUUGUUACACAUAGUGGCAGGAAGAAUAUAAUACAAUCCCAGCAACCUCUUGCUAAUUAUUUUGUUGGCUCCCCCCCCCCAAUUGCUUAAUUAUAUGCAGCUGGUCACCUGACAUUUGAAUGCCGAAACUUUCUUCGGGUGGACCCUAAAAGAGACAUAGUUUUAGAUGUCAGCAGCACAAGCAGCGAGGACAGCGAAGAAGAGGAGCUGGGAAAGCUGCAGGCCAUUCCAGAAAAAAAGGGUAAGGUGCUUUUUAAAAAACAGUGUGUCCUUGUGUAAUAUAUCUAUAUCUCCUGUCUUCCUUCUCUUAGAACAGUCUUCCACCCUACCUAAAUAUCUGGUUGCUUAUGUGUUACUAGAAUAGCAACCAAGCAAAAGAAUGACCCUUUUUAAAUUUUACAGUCACACAGAACUAAAAGCUGCCCAGUUCUAGGUGUAAAUAACGUUUUGAGAUCUUCUGGGAAGGCUCCCCUUAGAGCUCCAUCCUUGGUGAUGCAAGAGAGGACCUUCUCUGUAGUGGUGCCCCGUUUUUGGAAUGCCCUUGCCUCUAAGAUUCUCCUAGUGACAACCUUCUUUGCAUUGUGACUUCAGGUUAGAGUUAUUUAACUCGAGGUUUUAGUAAUUGUUAAUCUCACUGCUUAAUUUGCAACGGCCAUUUAUUGCGUUUUAAGAUUACUUACUGUUUUAUCACCCAUUCCUGAUUGUACAUGGAUUUGUUAGUUUUAAUUAUCCUGAAAGCUUUGCCUGGAUUAUCUUUGCUUUCAUAAGUGGACGUGUUCAUGGAUAAUAAGGUGUUCAGUGAGUACUAGCAACAAUACCUAUGUUCUUCCUCCACAGCUGGAGGCAGCAAUGCUUCUGAACACCGGUUGCUAGAAACCACAGGAGGAGAGUGUGCUUUGUGCUUGUUUCUUGUUUGCGGGUUUCCUGGCUGACCACUGUGAGAACAGGCUGCUGGACUAGAUGGGCCAUUGGCCUGAUCCAGCACUGUUCUCGUGUUCUUACCUCUUAAAGGGUUAUAACAAUUAAUGUAUUAUCUCCUUUUUGGAGGGGUAACAUCUUACUUUGUUAACUCACAGGAACUUCUGCGGAAGAAGAAAAGAAAAAGACCAAAAAGAAAGGCAAAGAAAAAUCAAAAUUAAAGAAAGCAAGGAAAAGGUAUAAUUUUGAAAGCUUUGCCUCUGCAUAACAGGGAGAAGCUUGAAACAUAUUGUGCUCAGAUUGUCUUCAAAUCUGAAUCUCUGCAUGUAAUGACACCAUUUAAAGAUGGGUGGAAAACCAUUUGGGCUUUUUUUUUCUAAUCCAAGAUUUUGUAUGUUCAAAAAGUUUUUUAUAAUAGAAACAGAAAUUUUAUUUCUUUUCAAAGAUGAAUUGCUGUUGCUACUAAAUGCUGCACGAAUCUCUGCAAGUAAAAGCAUGUAUUGGGUGGAGUGAGGAUGCAUUUGAGGCAGCAAAGUAGGCCUUCUUUGCUGCCUUCACUGCCACUAGUUAGGUAUGAUGAUGAGCCCUAUCAGUGUUCAAUUGCAUUCUACUGGAGUUUUCCUCCACUCGUGUUUGAGCUGUCUUCCAGUUUGUUUCCUCGCCUAAAGCAUACCAGGGAGUCAAACAGGUUCUGCAAAGUGCGAGAGAGCACUUGUGGUUAUUGUGUCAAUGUCCUGAGCCAUUCGGAUGUUCCAGAGAUCAGCUGGGAUGGUGACGCUGGACCUGCUUCUAAUGGCUGAUGGUUGUGGAAUGCUAUGCCAGGCAGAUCCACCAGAAGAGGCACCUUCCAUUCCUUUGCUCAUUGAAAUCUUGCUUCAUGCAGUACAUGCCCUUUUCUCACUGGUUUUCACUGGUCAUUGGAGGAGAAAAAACCUUUUAUGCUCUCCCAAGGUUUUCCCACAGGUUUCCUCUCACAGACAGCACAGACAUAUCAAUAUAUUGCCUAGGACCAGUAUGAGAGGCAGACCGCAAAGACAGCUUCACUCAGCUGGUGAAACCGCUGCCAUUCCUGAGUCCCACUGCCUCCAGGAAAAAACAAGCUGCAGUCGCGAGAUGGAGGCAGAGGGACUCGGGAGCAGUGGCAGUUUCAUCAGCGAUAUACCACUGAGUGAAACUGCCAUUGUCCUCUGCUGCACGUCCCUCAAGGGAGAAGUUUAAAGGAGCCCCCAAUUCACCUCCGGCUUGGGCAAGCCAGCAGCCAGGUGUGGGCUCUGGGUGGAGAGAGCUUAGCUUGGCUACUGCCUGGCUGCAUCUUUCCAGAGGAAAGAUGGAGCAAACCUUCCUGGUCCAAGGCAGCUAGAUGGUGCAGUUCUCUGAUGCUUUUGCCGGGCCCAGCACUCACCAGCAGCCUCAAGCAGCCCCGCUCCACAAGGCAGCUUGUGGACUUUGUUGGGAGGGUGGCUGCGUCUUUCCUCCUAGGGUGAACGACCAUCCCACAACGAAAGAGAUCAAAAGCACAGAGCCUGACAGGCUCUGUGCGCUUGGCUACCACCUCCUGGUCUGUCUUCUGGGAGUGGGGGGCGAGGUAGCUUGCCGACCCCCUGCUCCUGUGAAGGGAGGCUCACAAAGGCACCCCGACAUCCCGCUAACUAGCAGGGACAUUGGGGCUCACUCAACUGGAUGCAGGAGCCUUUCCACCCCCCAGCUGAGCAGCAGGCUGGGGCCAGCUGUAUUGGCCACAGCCCCCAAGGCUCUGGGGUGAAAGCGCCUCAGCUCCCAGAAUGAGAGUUGCAGUAGUUUCAUCUGGCAUCUCGCCGGCUGGGGCCAACGCAGCUUCUUUCAACAUCACGGUUUAUUGCCAAACUGUGAUGUUUGGCUGGUGAUACAUUGUAAUGUUGAGAACCCAAUAUUGCCCAGCCCUAGUGUUCUGGGUCAUCCGGUGUUUAGAACAGUAGAGCUUAGGAGAAAAGUCCCUCUUUGGUGUAUUUAGCCAAGUUAAUUCUUUUUAGUUAAAGAACUCUCAGAUUCCAAUAUUUCACUAUAGGGCAUUGGUGUAUAACUGAACAAAUCAAUGUUCUUGUGUUUAAAGGUCUUGUUCCUCAAGUGCCACAGAUGAGGAUGAGCCUAAAUCGAAAAAGCAGAAAUCCCACAAAAAGGAAAAGAAGGAGAAAAAGAGUAAAUCCAAGAAAAGAAAACAUCACAAAAAGGGGAAAAAGAAGAGAAAAAAGGAGAAAGAUUCUUCAUCUUCUGAUAGCUCAGACUCUUCCAGCAGUGACUGAGACCAAACCUAGGGAUGUAGUUCAAUCCUGAUUAGGAGUAUAAUGAUGCCCAGUUAAAAUAUGUAUAUUUUUAUUGAAAAAGCCUGUUAUUUAUAAAUAUUUCACCUUACAUUAAAGUUUUUGUUGUUGUUUGUUUUUUUGGAAAUUCAGAGAGAUUUAUUUCCCCCUAAGCAUUACAACUGUUUUAUCUGAACAUCAUAUUGGAUAAGGAACUAGUUUUACUUCCUUAUUGUUCAAUGUCUUUACAAUCAACUGAAAAUAUUUGAGUUGAUGUGUGGGACAUUAUGGUUAUUAGUUUUGAAAGUUUUGUAACAUUCACCAAUGCCCUCAAACUUCUGUAAGAACUUGUAAGGAAAUUAAAGCAUUCUUAUGAAUGUUAUAAACAUUUCAAAUUAGCCACAAGUCAUUAGCAAUAUAGGAUUGUCAUUCCUGAACUGCAACCCUCUCCACAUAAUGUAGAAAUGCUCCUAAAAGAAUCAGCAUAAACAGAGGAUUCUUUUGUCAAAGCCUCUUGUGCAUUGCACCCUGUGGUUUAGGAGAGCUCAAGUGUGCAUAUAAACUGUGGGUGCAUCUUUGGAUCAAGACCUAUGUUUGUGUAGUAAUACAGGAAUCAUGAAUGGAAUUACAUAAGAUAAAAUUUAAAAGCCAUGCUCUCCAUUCCUAUUAGAAGGUAUGCUUUUAAGUACAUACAGUGGUGCCCCGCAAGACGAAUGCCUCGCAAGACGAAAAACUCGCUAGACGAAAGAGUUUUCCGUUUUUUGAGUCGUUCCGCAAGACGAAUUUCCUAUGGGCUUGCUUCGCAAGACGAAAUGUCUUGCGAGUUCUUGCGAGUUUGUUUCCUUUUUCUUAAAGCCGCUAAGCCGUUAAUAGCCGCUAAGCCACUAAUAGCCGUGCUUCGCAAGACGAAAAAACCGCAAGACGACGAGACUCGCGGAACAGAUUAAUUUCGUCUUGCGAGGCACCACUGUACCAGUGUUUGUUUUUCUAAUGCAGGGGUAGGGAAUGUGGUGCCCUCCAGAUGUUGGAUUACAGCUCCAUCAUCCCUGACCACUGGUUUGGGCUGCUGGGAGUUAGUCCAAUAACAUCUGGAGCAGGGGGGCACCACAUUGGCUACCCCACCCUAAUGCAUCUGAACUGGGAUAAAAGCUAUCAUAUGAUUCUGUGAGGCUGAUUUGUCUUUCUCCAUGUUGCAGCAACAUGCAGCAGCAUUUGCUGCUAUUGCAGCAAAUCAAUAGUAUACAUGAAAAAGUAGCUUGUGGGUCAUUAAUGAUAACUGUAUUUAAAUGAAUACUCUGCAGCACUUGUUGCAGUAAAAACACAAUACAACAAGUUCAAAGCUAAUUUGAUCAGGAAGGCUUUCUCUCGGUUACAUCUUUACUCAGUCAUGAGUGCACUUAUUAAUGUAUUUAUUAACCAGCAAACAGAACUUUGGUCUGGAAUACAGAAGCUGCUGUAUUCUGGUGAAAAGUGCUACAUAAGUACUUGCUUGUCAUUAAAGGAAGCAGCUUCUGUGAUUACUAAUAUGGCAUUAAACAUGAAUGGUACAGUAAGCCAAUAGUGAUUCUAUGAUAAGGAAAUAGGAGUCAGAGCCACACUUAGUCAUUCAUAGAGUAGACCUGUUUAAAUUUAUAGAACUUGCAUUAGUCAUGGCUAACAAGCCCCAUGGAUUUCAGUGGGCCUACUCUCUGCAUGAUUACAUCUGAAUCCAAUACAAGCCUGAGUCAGGUUCCACUGAAUAAAUUACAAGGCAUACACAUGAAGGAAGAAGUAUUUCACCAUUUUUCUAAUUUUUGUUGUCGUUUAGUCGUGUCCAACUCUUAGUAACCCCAUGGACCAGAGCACGCCAGACAUUUCUGUCUUCCACUGCCUCCCACAGUUUGGUCAAACUCAUGUUAGUAGUUUUGAGAACACUGUCCAACCAUCUCGUCCUCUGUCAUCCCCUUCUCCUUCUGCCCUCAAUUUUUCCCAACAUCAGGGUCUUUUCCAGGGAGUCUUCUCUUCUCAUGUGGUGGCCAAAGUACUGGAGCUUCAGCUUCAGGAUCUGUCCUUCCAGUGAGCACUCAGGGCUGAUUUCCUUAAGAAUGGAUAGGUUUGAUCUUCUUGCAGUCCAUGGGACUCUCAAGAGUCUCCUCCAGCACCAUAAUUCAAAAGCAUCAAUUCUUCGGCGAUCAGCCGCCUUUAUGUUCCAGCUCUCACUUCCAUACAUCACUACUGGGAAAACCAUAGCUUUAACUAUAAGGACCUUUGUCGGCAAGGUGAUGUCUCUCCCCCCACCCCCACUAAUUUAGUUCAGCUCAAAACAGGAUGCUGUUCCAACCCAAUGCACAACUUUAAUGUCUGGUGUACACUGAAGUCCUAGAGAGUCGGCCCAAUAUAAGAUGCCCAACAAAUUAAAACUUUCUAAGAACUUUAGGGGUAGUGGUGGUGACAUAUACUCUUAGAUCAAUAAAAGGAUUCAAGGGUAUAAUAAUAUGACCUGUUAUAUAAAAGCAGAAAACAUGGUCAAGUUAGCAAUAUUAAGUCCCACUGAUGUCAACAGGAAGAUGUAAAAGACUGAAAGUGAAAAUGCUGAACUUUGUCAGGAUCAUGCCCAUAAACAAACACAAAACUUAACAUUUUUAAUGCUUUAGGGAGCAACUGAAAAACAAUUUAGUUGUCAAACUGUUGACAAGGAAUCUGGUGAUGGCGUUAAUUUAAGUGUAGAUAGAAGGCAGGUGCCAAAUCAUAUUUCAGAGUAAGUUUCCAGCAGGAUGCAUUUGUAUUAAGUGCAAAUGUAAGCAAAAUUUAUGGGCUACUGAACUGUUAACUCAUUCUCUACAAAGGCGCUUCAUCAGCAUGAUAUUGUCUUGCAUGUCAGUCAAACAAAGGCUGAAACAAAACCUCUCAAGCAACUUUCAAACAGUUGCCCAGCCAAUGUGGAAAAUCUCUAUACUUUCUCUGGGUAACACUGCUUGAUCAUUGUCCUUUUUUCUCAUAGAAUCAUAGAAUUGGAAGGGACCUUAAGGAAUAUACAGCUGUCCUUUACGGGGAUUGAACCUGCAACCUUGGGUAUUGUCAGCACCAUGCUCUCUAGCCAAUGGAUCUAUCCAUAUAUUUUAUAUCCCACCUAUCUCCCAUUGUAGGACCCAAGGUGGCUCACAUCAUAAAUUAAAUCAGAUACAACUAAGCCACAUCAUAAAUAUAAAUACAGUCAUACCUCGGGUUAAAGUUGCUUCAGGUUCAGCGUUUUCGGGUUGCGCUCCACAGUGACCCGGAAGUAACGGAAUGUGCAUGCGCAGAUGCUCAAAAUGAUGUCAUGCGCAGAAGCAGCAAAUUGCGACCAGCGCAUGUGCAGACAUGGGUUGCGUUCUCUUCAGGAUGCGAAUUGGGCUCCGGAAUGGAUCCCGUUCACAUCCAGAGGUACCACUGUAUAUAUAUAUUUUAAAAAAUAAGUAGCCCCAUUGAAAACAUAACGGAAAAACAUGGAAAAACAUUUAACAGCAAAAAAAGAGAAUACUGUACCACCUUCCCUUAGAAGACCAACAACAGCCAGUUAGUGGACAAAUGUCUACUCUAUUUGAACAAAAAAGUAUUUGCUGAAGGCAGAAAGGUUGGGGCUGAAAGCCUAAACAUACUUACUAGAAAGUAAGUUCAUUUGAACUGAGUAUCAUUUAUUUCCACAUUUAGCAUAGUACUGCACAUGUAUUCUCUAUCAAAACUACAGUUGUCCUUAGUUUUAAUAUAUUAGGUUUUAAAAAAAUUAGUGUUAAAUUUCCAUAAAGGAAAUUGAGGAAGUGGGAAGAAUAUUUACAGUUUAAUAAUAAAAAAGGUGAAACACUGUUAGACAGAAAAACCAUCUUUAAAUUUUGAUUCCCUCCUCCAUGUUCAAUUAUAGGAAUGCACAACAGCCAAAAUGCCUUCAAAAAAUAAACCAGGGUCCCUUCAAUUUCAGCCUUGGUGAUUAAAAUUUGCCCCACUGAUAAAUCAACUAAAACCUUGACUUUUUUAUUAAGCUGAGGUCAACUUGUAGCUCUGUUUAAGACUAAGUAUUGUGCAUUACCAUCUUAUGCGUGUUUACUGUGAACUAAAUCCCCAUAAUUUCAGUAGGAAUUUCUGCCAGGUCAGCAUAAGCAGGAUUGCCUUAGAUUAAUAUAUUCAACAGUUUACUUCUACAGAAUUGAAUAAUGGUGGUAGUCCAUAUUGCCAAUUAAUUCAACCAUGUAAAUUGCUACUGGGAGAGGUUUUAUACAUAAACUGAUUGUGCUUCAAUAGUAGUGAAUGGGUGAUAAAAAAUAAAAUCCAGCUACUAUGGCCAAGUUAUAAAUACAGUACAUAUGAAUAUACAAUCAAUAACACACAUACUAUAAUGAAAAAUUUUAUGGCAUUGCUUGGAGAUUCUAAUCUGUGGAGGCUUAUAGCACAAUAUAUUUAAGGUACUACAAUGUUUUCUUGUUUUAGUUACAGUAGCAGAUAAACAUCUACCUCUCUGGAAAAUAAAUUCCACAAUGUUUUAGUCAUUACAAAUGAUUAUGCUACUUAUAAAAGUCAUUUGGUUGUUACAUCUUAACAAGAUUGGCUUGCUUGGAUCCCUGAAACCUUUCCUGAAUUAAUUCUUCAGGUUAAAUAUAUUUUUGUUCAGCUGAAUUCCAAGCUACAUUUGAGCAGUUGGGUUUUUUUCCUUGAUGGCAUUAAUUGGAACAAAAUAUGGAGAGGAAAUUAAUACUUUUUUGAGGCAGGGGAUGGGGGGGACACUUAGCAAAAAAAGUAAUUUUAGCAGGAAAUAAAACACAAGGAUGAGAAUAGUUUCAAGCUUUAACAGGAUUUUGGACUCGAAGUGUUCACAUAUUUGAUUUAUAUUAUUUGCAUUAAAGUGAUAAUGGCUGUGUUUGGCUUUCAUACUUCCCCUGCACUUUUAGUUUUAAGUGCUUUGUGUGAACCCUUUACUGUACUUAGUGAAAACAAGAUAGCUCCACAGCUUUGGUUUAGUUGACUUGUUUGUGAAGUGUAGGUGGGCAAGACGUAGUGAUAACAACAAGAACCUUUAUUGAACUACAUAACUGGGAAACAGGGGCAAAGCAACUGAAAGCCUGGACCACUCCCACACCCAACGUGACUGGCUGUCUAAACUUCCAAGCUGCAAAUCACGACUCAGAGUUCAAGAGCCAAUGGCAGAAGCCCAAAUCCUAAAAUGUUCUCUGAUUGGACAUCAUGUAUUGAAUCAAUACACAACAGUUUCCAUUAAUCAUGGGCUGCAUAGACACCAUACAUUUUAAGCACAUUAUUUCCUACAAAGAAGCCUGGAUGCUCUUAUUGCUUGAAGAGCUACUGCUUCAAGCAGCCUAAAAAAACUACUGUUCCCAGGAUGCUUUGGGAAAAAUAAUGUGCUUUGAAUGAGCUUUAAUUGUAUGUUCCAUAUGCAGCCAGAUUUAAGACUGACUGCAGUUAAUCUGGAUUCUGAAAACAUCACAAACCACAGUUAGAUGAGGAAGGGGAGGCCCAGGGGAAGGCUGCUUUGUUCUUGGAGGGCUGAACUAGGAUUUAACAGUGCAUUUAAGAUAUCGAUUCUGCUUCAAUAGUAGUGAACGUGUAUGAUAUAUUUGAAGCCAGUGAAAGAAGACGCUGUACUGAAAGCUUAGAAAAUUAUACUGGGCCUAAUCUUGGCUUAACUAAUAUAUUUGAUUUUGACAUGUUUAAAAUGCAUUGUUUAGUUCCUAAUCUUUUUGUCUGUUUUCUGACAUAUGCUAGGAUAAGAUGUCCUUUUUCUGCACUGUAUCUGCCAAAGCCAUUUGAUGCAUUAUUAUUGCCUUUGUGUUUUCUACCAACUAAGAAAGAUUAAUGGCUUGAGUCUAAAAGUGAGGAGAAGGCCAAGAAAAAGAAAUUGUUUCUGUGGGAGCAGAAUGUAUUUUUUAUUUAACAUUUCAUGCCUCUAGCAGUUGUAGUGUGAGCUAUGAGCCAGAAAGUUCUGGUUCAGACUGUACCUCAACCAUUAAUAAAGUAGGUGGCCUGAGGUGUGCUUUUAUAGUUCAUCCUCAGCACUUUUCCAUUAUAUGGAUGUAGUGGCUAGACUAUGAAAAUUGGUUCAAAUCCACACUUGGUCAUGAAGCUUAGUGGAUGACCUUGAGCCAGUCACAUACAGUCAACCUCACCUACUGGUUUAGUGUGAAAAGAGGAAGGAGCUCAUUGGAGAAAGGGUAGGAUACAAAUAAAUGCCAGUCUAUUUUGCAGGAUUGUUGUAAGGAGGAUAAUGUAUGUGAGAUGCAACAAAAGCUCUAAAGUGCUAUAUAAGUACUAUAAAGCUUUUGCUACAAGAGUUUGGCCACACAAAUAUUGUUCCAUCUUGUCUAGCACAAAUGCUUUCUGAGUUAAACAUGAGAAAACAGCAUUCUGUGUUUGUAUAAGUCUACAAG